CACAAGCAAACCAAAAGAAAAAAAACAGGAUAUUUUGUCGUUCAUUUUCUGAAUUUUCCAGUCAAACAGUUGCGAAUCAUUUAGCAUUACCUUCUAACUGCAAUAAGUUGCAGUCUAAGAACUUAGAAACACUUGACGUAAUUAUAGCUAGAAAAAAGGAAGAUGAUAGUGAUGAGGAAGAUUUUUUUGAAAAAACAGAAAAUAUUAAAUCAAUGCAAUUAUUAAAACCGCUGUCAAACUCGCAAAACAUGACUUUUCAGGCACCCCAUUGUACUUCCAGUCAAGAAGGAAAACUAACCUUUGCCAAAGGACUCGAUUCUCAGGCGGAUAUUUUUUCUCCUUUGAUCACCGAAACAGGAGUGAAUAAAAAGCCAAAACCGCCUGUACCUCCAAAGCCACGUUUAAAAUUAAAAGAACAUGCUACCGAUGCGUCGAAAACGCACUCAGAUUGCGGUAACGGAAAAGAAAAUCCUGCACUAUUUCAAAAAUGCCUUGACGAAAUGUUUCACAAGCAAGUGGAAGUUAGCAGGUCACAAAUGCACAAAGAUGUAAAACUUUUUCAGAAUGAAAAGGAUAAAAGUAAUGAGUUUCCGAAAGAUAUUGCAACCGAAUGUGUACGGAAAGUGAAACAUAAUUUUCAAAGUAAAAGAAAUGCAAUUGAGUCAGGAGUACUUCAAAACUCUUUAAAGCAAGAUAUUGCAACGAGUGAAGCUAUUACAAAUGAAGAGAAUGUAACGACUAGCGUUUCAACGGAGACUCCAACGAUCAUACAUCCUCUCAUGCCGGAGUAUGAAACAACUUUACAAGACGUUGAUGCAAACUCAAGCAACGUGUCACAUUUUUUCAGUUUUAGUUCUAAAUCUGUAUCAAUCAGCCGAAACGAAGAGAUGAAUGAUGUACCACGACGGAGAAAAGUUGUAAGUUUCUCUGAAAGUAUAGAAAAUAUCUUAGAUGCACCUUCUUGGGUUCCUCCUCGUCCGCCUUUACCUCAAAGGACGCACAGAUCUCUGUCCUGCUCGAGCUUAGUUAAAUCAUUCCAAGAGUUUUCUCUUGGAAAGAAGACUAAAAUUACAGCAAAGACUUCAACUGACUUAAAUCAAGGUUCAACCGAGGAAGAUUAUCACCUUGUACACACCAUAGGUUUUCAUUCUCCAGCACGAUUCGUCCGGCCUACAACCAGGGAACCAGCCUGGUUUCAUAAUGUCGAACCGUUUGAAGCGAAUCGACGUCUCUUCGCAAUGGGGCAGGAUGGUGCUUUCCUGGUGCGUCCAACCAGUGGGAUGCAAUAUAAAGAACCUUCACGGCUAACACUUUGUGUUGCCGUAGCAGAUUACAUAUUGAAUCUUCGAAUACGUCAGCAAGAGGAUGGCACUUAUGCCUUUGGAUCAUACAAAUCAGCUAAGAAAACGUUCCGGACUGUCAAGGAACUGCUUCAUUACCACCAAAGCGUUCCCAUUGAGGCCUUCCUAACUGAAAAGAGAGAAAGAAUGUUUGUCCGCCUUCUCGUUACCCCUCCGAAAGAACUCUUUUGAAAAUCAAGACUGAAAACUUUUUACAAUGCCGAAUGUGAUUUUUUGAACCGAGAUUAAAUUAUACCAAUUUUUUACUUUGUGAAUUACAUUGCAAUUACAUUUUUAUGUCUAAUUAACUGAGACACAAAAUUGAAUUUUUGUGCUGAAACAAAAUAAAUAAAAGACAACUUGAAUGGA